AUGCGAGUUCUAGGGGAAGUUGACCCAGUUUGCACUGUAAAGCAAAAGCAGUCCCGGAUUACGUUCAAAGUGGUCGAGGAACGAGUAAUACCAUUACUCGGUAGGAAAACAUGCAUUGCACAGAAUCUGAUAACUCGAAUCGACUCUCUCGAGAUAGAUGACGUCGAGGUGUACGAUGGUCUUGGUUGUUUGAAGGGCUACAUUUAUGACAUCGACCUAGUAGAAAACGCACAGUGGGAAAGUCGACCAGCCAGGCACGUUCCCCACAGUAUUCGGGACCAAGUGAAGAAAGAACUUGAUGCAAUGGAAAAACUGGGAGUUAUCGAAAGGAUUCAUGAGCCUACACCAGUAGUCAAUCAAAAUUUGCUGAGACGUCAUCACCCGCUGACGACAAUGGAGGAAAUUUCUGCCAGACUGAAAAAUUCAAAGUGUUUCUCCAUAUUAGACUGCAAAAAAGGGUUUUGGCAGAUUCGUGUCACAGAAAGAACAUCCAAAUACCUCACAUUCGGUACCCCUUGGGGAAGGUACUGUUGCAAACGGCUCCCUUUUGGUUUGGCAUCAGCACCAGAAGUAUUCCAAAAGGUUAUGCAAGAUAUUUUGGAAGGAAUAGAUGGAGUUGAGUGUUCAAUGGACGAUGUACUGAUACAUGCCGAGAACGAGUCUCACCUGGAAUCAAUCACCAAGGAAGUUAUAAGCCGCAUCAUUGUCUCCGGUUUAAAGCUAAAUAAAGAAAAAUGCAUAUUCAACAAACCGAAGGUAAAAUUCCUUGGACAUCUUGUGACAUCAGGAGGUCUAAUGGCAGAUCCUGAUAAGCUGACAGCUGUUCUGAAUCUCAAAACACCAUCCAACAAAUUGCAGCUGCAGCGGGCGUUGGGGAUGAUUACAUAUCUGGCCAAAUUUGUUCCGAAUUUGUCGGCUAUAACAGCCCCACUGCGAGCGCUACUCUCCAAAGACACGGCUUGGUCCUGGGAAAGCGAACAGGAGAUUGCGUUCCAGAAAAUAAAAAAGCUCAUGAUCUCCCCACCCGUACUGGCAUUUUAUGACGUCAAUCUUCCCAUUGUCCUUUCAGUAGACGCCAGUUCGAAUGCAUUGGGAGCUAUGCUCAUGCAGGAAGGAAGACCAGUUGCCUACGCUUCUAAAGCUUUGUCCAAGGCUGAAAUGAACUACCCUCAAAUAGAAAAAGAAGCAGCAGCUAUUAGAUUUGCUUGCCGAAGAUUCCAUCAAUAUAUCUACGGGAAAGCACUCAAAGUCGAAACAGACCACAAGCCUCUCGAAUCUAUCUUUCGGAAACCUUUGGAUAGAGCUCCGCCAAGAUUACGCAGAAUAAGACUAGAAGUUGCACAGUAUAACCCACAAGUCGUUUAUGUUAAGGGAAAGAACAUACCGAUUCCGGACAUACUCAGCCGUGACGUUGCACACAGCAUUGAACCGGAAGCAGAAGAAGAACAACUAGAGGUUCAUCUAGUUCUGCAAAUGUCGAAAGAUUCGUGCAAAGAGCUACGGUAUCAUACUGAGUCUGAUUCUGAAACCCGCCUGCUGAAGGAGGUCAUUUUACGAGGCUGGCCGGAUCUAAAAGAAGAUGUUUCUCUGGAGCUAAAAAAGUAUUGGUGCUUUAGAGACGAGUUAGCUGUGUAUGAUGGGCUGGUAUUCAAAUCUAAUCAGGUGGUAGUGCCACUGGGAUUGAGGAAGAAAAUGUUGAAUGCAAUUCACAGCGGUCACUCUGGUAUUCAGUCCUGUAUCCGGCGAGCAAAACAGGUCGUGUUUUGGGUGAAUAUGAAUACCGAUAUCCAGAAUCUGGUUGAAGGAUGCAGCAUCUGCCAACGUCAUCAGCGCUGCAAUACGAAAAGCACAAUUGCUUCAAAGGAUGUUCCUGAGUUGCCUUUCGAAAGAGUUGCUUCGGAUUUGUUCCAUUUUCGAGGCGCAGACUACGUGGUCAUCGUAGAUAGUUACUCCAACUUCUUUGAUUUCAAAAAACUCUCGGAUCCUACGUCUGAAGCUGUCAUCUUGGAAAUGAAAACAUGGUUUUCAGUGCACGGAAUACCAAAAAUCGUUGAAUCGGACAACGGUCCACAAUAUAGCUCCGAAAAGUUUCGCAAGUUUGCUAAUGAUUGGGGUUUCGAGCAUCUAACAUCCAGUCCGCAUUUUCCCCGUGCAAAUGGGUUAGCUGAACGGUACGUACAAGUUACAAGAAAUACUCCACGCAGCGAGUCAAUCCCUUCGCCCAAUGAACGCUUGAUGGGAAGACUGGUUCGUUCAAACCUGCCGAUUACGAAAGAAGCCCUUCGGCCAAAAGUUUUUGACAAUGUAAGAGAAGCUAUUAUCAGUGAGAGAGAUCAGCAGAAACAGUACGCAGAUAGAAGUGCUCGUAUUCCGCCACAAUUUGGUACUGGUGAAAAAGUUCAACUACAAGACCCUAAAUCUAAAUUGUGGUCCAAUGGUGAAGUUUUGCAGCGAUUGGAGGAUGGUCGGUCUUACAUUGUUUCGGACGGAGGAAAGACAUUGCGUCGAAACACUCAUCACCUGCGCCGGUCCAACGUACACGAACCGAGUACUCAUCACAAGUCUCCGGAGUCAAACAGUGAGGGCAGCGAAAUAUUGGCAGAAUCUCAAGUGGAAGAAAGGUUACCCGCAAGCGAGCCGACUCAAGAUUGUAGAAGUCCCCGGCCUCAAGGAAGUUCAACCAGAUCGGGAAGGAUGGUUAAAUCUAAUCAACAAUCAGACUUUGAAUACUACUGA